AAUUGCUCCAAUUCAACCUGCACGAGCGCGUAUCACAAAAUUUGUUUGGUUACAAAAUCCAUAUCAUAAUUCUAAUCGAGUCAACGUUUGCUUAGAAAAUUAGUGUGUGGUGAUACCGUCGGAAUUAAUGCUCAAUAAAUGGGAACAUUGUUGGCUUAUUAGCGCGUUCAGACUAAAGUCUUCAUAAGAUUUAUUAUGCAGUGACAGGUGAGAGUGUGGAACACGAGAUUCUGGAAAAUGCAGCAGAGGAUUGGAAAGAAUCAUGAUUGAAAUGACCACUAUGAGUGAAGAUGGAGAGCCAGCUUUAAACAGUAGCAAGCACGGAAAGUCGCCAUUUCAACGGGCUCUCCCCCAAAUAGUGGCAGUGAGCAUUAAAAACAUCCUUCUACUGGCGUUUGGCACCAGCGUCGGUUUCCCUACUAUCCUAAUUGGGAGUUUUUCUACUCCCAAUCCAGACCCCAGCUUCACAAUGUCUGAAAACGCCAUCUCUUGGAUAGGUUCCUUAACAUAUCUUUGCAACCCACUUGGCUCCAUCCUUUCGGUCUUUACCACUCAGCGCUUCGGCAGACGUAGAUGCAUGCAACUGGUCAACAUCCCUUAUAUCACUGCAUGGCUGCUGCUCUACUCAGCCACAAAAACCUGGCAUGUCUUUGUAGGGCUGGGCCUCAUAGGGUUCUCUGGGGGAUUUUUAGAACCCCCCAUCCUCACAUACGUUGCAGAGAUCACCGAGCCCCGACUUCGAGGCGCUUUGAGCUCCACCAGCAGCAUGUCGAUCAACCUCGGAAUUCUCCUGGCUUUUAUCUUGGGGACGUUCAUCAGCUGGCGCAGUCUGGCUUUGUUCAACACUUGCAUUCCAGUGGCUGGAUUGCUGCUGCUGCUGCUCGUUCCAGAGUCGCCCUAUUGGUUGAUAUCGCAGAACCGGCUGGACGAGGCGCGGAAAAGUUUGGCGUGGCUUCGAGGCUGGGCCGACCAUCGGGCUGUCGAAGAGGAGUUCUCGAGUUUGCACUCCCACCUCCAAAGGCACCCCAUGUAUGCCAGAAGCAGCUGCUCCACGUGGGGGAAAAUCCGGCCGUAUUUACAGCCCAACUUCCUAAAGCCGUUUGCUUUGAUUGCCAGCACUUUCGUGUUGAGUCACUUCUGGAGCACGCCAGUCAACGUGUACGCCAUCAAGGUCUUCAGUAUCUUCCAGGUGCCCAUUGGGCCCUACCAGGCAACUAUCUACAUCGGCAUUGUGGAGCUGGUGGCUGUGAUAACUUGCGUGUUCGCAAUUAAAUGGCUGGGCAAAAGACUGCUGACCAACAUCUCACUUGUGGGGGUUUUCGUGUGCAUUUUAUGCACCGGCGCCUACUGCCAGAUGAGCGGCGCCUACUAUCUGGAUAACCACAACAUGGAAAGCCCCUACAGCUGGAUGCCAGUGUUGACGCUACUGGGCCAAGCGUUCUUCACCUACCUGUGCAUCAAAGGGCUUCCCUGGAUCCUGAUCGGGGAACUCUACGACAACGAUGUGAGGAGUUUUGGGUCUGGACUCAGCUCGGCCGCUGGAUACGUGGUGGGCUUCGUCGCCAAUAAAACCUUUUUGGAGCUGGUCAGCUCUGUCACUCUGCCUGGUGUGUUGUGGAUGUACAGUGCUUUGACUCUAGUAGGAGCUACGUUGCUUUACUUCUUCAUGCCGGAAACGGAGGGAAAGUCACUGGCGCAGAUCACUGAACACUAUUCGGGAGGCGAAAAUCUGGGUAAUAAAGUGUUUCGAAACAGGCCGUCGCCCAGGAAAAGUUUCUACUAAAGUAGGGUGUAAUAAAUUUGAUUGGAGAUUGAGGAAAGUUUCAAAAAAUUUAAGCUUUUG